AUGGAUCCCGUCAUAACGGAAUCGCACCCGAGGCAAAAAUUGACGCCGUGGAAAUGGAGACUGAUGUUCAUUGUUUGCAACAUUUUAUCGCUGUUAAAUGGCUACGAUCUUAGUAACACCGCCAACAUCCAAGGUCCAGUCUACAAGGCGUAUAACGAUAUACACCUACUGCCAUGGGUUGCUUUAAGCUACUCCAUAUGCAAUAUUGUCGCAACUCCCUUGGCUCGAAAACUUUGCCAAUUCUAUGAUAUCAAGGUUCUUACGCUUAGCGGACUAGUUCUUAUCACUGCCGGUACUGCACUCGCAGGUGCCGCCCCCAACUUCGUAUUGUUUAUCGUUGGUCGAGCUAUUAUGGCAUUUGGUGCCAGCGUUGUCUACCAGGGCAUAUUGAGUUUUACUGUUAUUUUUUCAUACCCCAAUGAAGUUGCCCUAGUGCAAGCUUCUAUUGGCGCGAGCUUUUCCUUCGGUGUCUUGACAGGUCCCGUAAUUGGAGCUGGAUUCGCACAAAAUGAGCACGCAACAUGGCGAUGGGCUUUCUACUUUGCUUUACCUAUCGUGGUUAUCGCCUUCUUCCUCUCUGUCUUUGCCUUGCCAAGCUAUUCCGCCUCGACCAAGAAGUCGGUAUCUAGAUAUUUCAAAGAGAUUGACUGGAUUGGUCAUAUCUUGCAUUCUGCGACGUUCAUAUCGCUUAGUCUCGCGACUGUAUUCUCCGGGUCUGCUUGGCCAUGGGGAUCUAUCCCCCAACUCGCCAUAUGGGUCAUAUUCGUUGUGGCUUCUGUUGCAUACAUUGUGCAACAAACAUUCUCCAUUGGCGUAAAGCCUGAACAUCGAAUUAUUCCUAUCUAUCUCUUCAACAAACGCAUUAUCCUUUUGACUUUCUUAUGUACAUCAGGCGCCAGUAUUGCGUACGGUAUCUCGCUUUACUAUACACCUCUCUUCUACAUGUUCACUCGCGAGAUCCUGCCGCUCGAGGCUGGUCUACGUCUACUGUGCCUAACAGCACUGUUUAUUGUCGCCAUUUUUGCGUCUCAUGGUCUUCUUGGAUACACGAGAUACUACAAGCCAUUCUUCAUCCUUGGUAGUGCUCUGCUCUUAGUAGGCGGCAUUACAUACCAUACUAUUACCGACCAUACUCACUUAGGUGCCAUUAUGGCUUUCAGCGCCAUAAUCGGUGCCGGCGUGGGCAUUUUAUGGAACCUCGCCAUUCCGGUAUGCUCGGCUGUCCUGGAAACUGAGGAGGAACGCUUAGACCAGGCGACUCUGCAUAGCUUAGCGCAGCUGGGUGGUACUGCGGUUGCUCUUUCGAUAUCAGCAAGCAUAUAUUGGAAUGUCGGGCUGAGGCUGGUGAAAGCUGCUGCAGGGUUUGUGGGCUUCAAGGACAUUGAGAUCCUCGGAUUACUGUCAGGUGUAGAGUCCACCAUGCUUGAUGGUUUCAAUGCCGAUAUCAAGGAGCUCGUCAUCAGUGCUAUAAUCGAGACGAUCAGCUGGCUUUAUUACACAGUCAUUGCUGGUGCAGCAAUAGCCUUGCUAGCAUCCCUUUUCCUCAAGUGGGAACCUUUAGAAUUCCAGCAGUGGACUAUAACAAAAGAAACUGGGCACAAAACUCAGGAUUCAGAAAAGGGAAAAGAGGUCCUGUAUGAGCUCAGGCCUGAUAGACAAGGGCCAUAA